AUGUCAUCGACAUCAUUUGCUAACAUUAGUACUCAAUUCGGUAUUUAUGUUGGUUUGCCAUUGUUUACCUUUGGUAUACUCGGUAAUCUAAUCAAUCUUUGUCUCUUAUUUCCUACUCAAUCAAAUCCAACUUCAUUUCUCUUAUUCGUCUCAUCAUUAUUCAAUCUACUUGCACUAUCAGUGGGUCUUCUUCCAAGAGUUUUAACCGUAGGAUUUAGUAUUGAUGGAACAUUGACUAUCUUAAUUUGGUGUAAAACUCGUAUAUUCCUUUCUUAUAUUGGUAUACUCACCUCUCUAACAUGUAUCUGUUUUGCCUCUAUCGACAGAUAUUUUGUAUCAUGUCGAAGCGUUACAUGGCGCAAUCGAAGUAAAGUGGGUACAGCAAAAAUCGCUAUUUUCAUAGCCAUUCUGAUUAUUAUCAGUAUUAAUGUACCAUAUAUUCUUUUCAAUACAAUUAUUCAAAUGCAAACUACUACAAAGUGUUCUGUAAUCAAUUCUGCCCUUAUUUUUUAUGGCAAUUAUUUUGUUCGUCCUAUUCUUUUCAGUGUAAUACCUGGUACAGUUUUAAGUAUUACCGGUUGGUUCACUUAUCGUAAUUUAACUUCAAUAGUCGGCAUUCAAGUACGUGGCACAUUUCAACGAAGUUUAACUUCAAUGCUUCUCCUGCAGAUUGUUGUAGUCAUCAUUCCAAUAAUACCUUUCGCAGUCAUGAAUAUCUAUCAAGUUAUCACAGCAUCAGUAGUAAAAACAUCUUAUCGUACAGCACAAGAAGCACUAGUCUUGGAUAUAACUAAUAUUAUUUUUUACACUGGCAAUGCAUCAAAUUUUUAUGUAUAUUUUAUUUCGGCAUCAUCCUAUCGUCGGGACUUUGUACGAUUUGUUCUUUUUUGUUACAGCGGAGAUCAUUGGAACAAUCGUAUUAUACCUAUCAUAAUGCAACAGCAUCAAAUGAAUGAAACUUCGAUGAGAACACAAUUACCAAGAUUACACAAUAAAGUUCAUGACCAAAACAUUGUUUAA